CCAGUUAACUAGGUCGUUGGAAGCCGAAUAUCAACAAUAAGUUUAGCAACAAAAUUUAAACUCAUGUUGACAAUUAGAAAUAUUUUUCUGGUAAUAUAUAACGCGUGAUCACCCUGCAGGUGUGUGGAGGUGUUUUCCCUCUUGAAUAGGCCAAAAGUAGCCAACAUAUCAGUUAUUACUUUCAACAGGUGUCGGCGAUUGUAACGUGAUUCUCGCCAUCUUGUCAAUUUCACAUGCUUGACUGCCUUGCCAACUUCCCGGUUAGAAAUUGGGCAAGUACCAUGGAUUUGUGACUCAGAUUUUGAAGGAGAAAAUGGGAAAUAAAGGGGGUAUGCUGCGUUUUACACUGUUGGUAAUUUUGACUGCCAGCAGUUAUGCUGCAAUCACAAUCACCAGGCGCCAAACAGAGAGUUUGAACAUCUCUAUUGACAUCCAAAGAAACACUACUGCUAGCAAUUACAGCUAUAUCAUUAAGUAUGGAGAAAAUCCUAGUACAGACAAAAAUAUCACAAAAUCUCCUCAGGAUGUUUCAUUGAAGAAACUAGAAGUCAUACUUCAGAACCUGCGUUCUGGAACAGAGUACAAGAUAGAGGUGUUUGAAGUGUCUAAUGCUAACAUGACUUUACUAGCAAAUACAACAGCUUAUACAGCUCCCUUAUCACCAGUGAUUGGCUCCUCUAAAGCACUAGGCACACAUCGGCUGCAAGUGGUCAUUGGUUAUCAACCAGACACAACACAGACACAGUAUGUCAUCAAGUGGCAGUUUAACAGUUCCUCAAAUGAAAUAACAGCCGUUUGUGACCCUGGUGCCGCCAUUGCAGAGACUUGUAAUUUUAAUGUUACAGCUAGCAACCCAGCAGGUCAUUUGUACACCAUAAAUGCUUAUACUUAUGUAGGCAAUGCUUCUUAUAUAUUAAGUGAGCCUGCUAUGGUAAAUCAGACAACUGAACCUGGGCCUCCACGAAACCUAUCAUUUAGCAAUGUUGGUACAAAGCAGUUAGAUGUUACCUGGGAUGCCCCAGCAGAUGCCCCAGCAACAGGACAUUUCACAAGAUAUAAUAUACAACUGGAAUCACUGAAUUCUUCUUAUAAUUUUUCACAAAACAAAAAUGUAAGCACAAGGGAUGCCAGUUUUACUGAGCUUACCCCUGGUGUACAAUAUAGAGCUACAGUAGCUGCACAACUAGAAACUCUACAGAGUGAUCCUGUCACUGCAGUUGACAACACAAGGCCAGACACACCCACUAAUCCAUCAUUCAACUCAACUGAAAGUUCCAUCACAGUCAGUUGGGGGAAGGGAGAUGGAAUAAGUGAUGGAUACAUCAUUAGAAUUAAUUCUUCUAGUUUAGAUAUUAAUGUAUCUUCUACAUCAAAGGAAUUUACUGGUCUCAAUGUUGGCACAAGUUAUGUGAUCACAUUGAAGGCUUAUAGUGGCAAUAGGUUCAGUGAUGAAGUCACAUUGAAUGCAUGGACAAAACCUGGGGCUCCUGAGGGGCUGGAACUAUCCCCCAACACCAGAACAAAUGUGUCAGGCACUUUCACCUGGCGUGCACCAAGCAGUGGAGAGGUUGAUGCAUACAGGAUAAGAUUAUUGCACAAAUCUAAUGGGAUUGAAAUUGAAUCACAGAACAUAACGGAUUUAACCAGUUUAUCAAAUUCUUUUGAUGGAUUAUACCCUGGUCGUUCUUAUACAGUGGAAGUGAGGUCUGCAUACAAAGGGGCUCUAAGUACAUCUUCCUCUGUAAACUUUACUACAAAACCCAACCGUCCCAGUUACCUUAGGGUCACUGCAAAGACAACAUCAACAAUAACUGUUGAAUGGUCAAGAGGAAGUGGCACAGAGAGUGAUCGUGAAGUUCUCUCUCUUUCAAAAGAUGGCCAAACUUUAGCAUCUGAAAAUGUUUCCAAUGGGACAACUUUAAAGAAGUUCACUAACCUAAUUUCUGGAGAAACAUACAAUAUUUCAGUCACCACACAGAGUAAUGGUGUGCAAAGUGACCCAGUGACUAUCACAGAAACUACACCUCCUUUGGCUCCAGAAUUUUUUAGUACAACACCUAAUGGCAUUGGUACAACAUUUGUUGAGGUCACUUGGGAAUAUCCAGAAAAUGUUACCAAGGAUUUUCUUUCUUUGACCAUUUCUGGAUCAUCAUUAACCAGGAUUGUCAAUAUAACUUCAAACCAAAGUGCAUUUACUGAAAGGAAGUACAAAUUCGAAAACCUGUCAACUGGACAGCAAUAUGUUGUAACAUUGCGUUUUGCCAGUGAUGGUGUAUUUGGAGACAACAAAACAAUAACAGUAACAACUUUUCCUAGUUCACUGGCUGCCCUUGAUGUGAAAAAUACCACUACUACAUCCAUUACUGUGGGAUGGAAUGAAGUAUCGAAUACAACUUUUGAUAGAUAUCAGUUGCAUAUACUUCCCAAUGAUGGCAAUGCUGACCUUCCUAUUAAUGUUUCAAGGAAUAGUAGUGAAUUACAGCAUACAUUUACUGGUUUAUACCCAGGCCGUAUGUAUAACAUUUCUAUAUGGACCGCUAGUGGCAGUAGUGCCAGUGAGGCCAGAUAUAGAGAAUAUACUACAAAUCCCCUGGCAGUCAGCAGUCUAAUGGCAAAGGCAAUUGACACAUCAAAUAUACAAUUAAACUGGACUGUUAGCCUAAAUAGUACUCAGGAUCACUUUCUGAUUCAAUACAAUGAUAAACAGAAAAAAUAUAAUGAAAGCACUGCAUCAGGACCAAAGGCUUAUGUUCUCAGGAAUUUAAAGCCAGGCUUCGCUUAUAACAUCACAGUCCAAGCUGUCAGCUCUUUAUCAUAUAGUGAAGAUGUGACAAUAGGUGAAAGCACAUAUCCUGUGCCUGUUUCCAAUCUUGUAGCAGAAACAGCUGGUUAUACAAAUAUAAGUAUCACCUGGAAAAUUGGAAUUGUGAAUACAUUGCCCAGUCAUCAAAGUCAAUUUAGAAUAAGAUAUAGACCAGUUUUAAGGGAUAUUAAUGCUACACCAGAAGAAAGAAAUGUCACGGUUAAUUCAGCAGUGAUAGAUGAGCUUUAUCCUGGAGAGAAAUAUGACAUUCAAGUUAUCGCUGUGGGCAAAUACAGGAGUGAGAGCAAAAACACCACUGCCUAUACAUAUCCUAAACCACCAAAAAACUUUAAGGAAAUUGAAAACAGUGAAAACAGUCUCACUCUGGGCUGGGUCAAGGCAGAAACCUAUCUGACACAAUACAAGAUUGAAUACAGAGCAUUACCCCCUGCUUUAAACAGAACCCUUCAAACUAAAUUCACCAAUGGCAGUGAGUAUGUUUUCACCGGCCUUGAGUCUGGUGUUACCUACACAGUGUCCAUAUUUGCUGUCACAGAUGAUGUUGAAAGUCCUGAUUCUACAACAGGGAAUUUUACAACAAAGCCUAUAGCUGACUUUAGCCUAUCUGAGAAUGCUGCUACAUCAUCAUCUGUUGUUGCACUGAGUUACACAGAAAACAGUGGCAUAUUUGAUUAUUUUCUGUUUUGUCUGGAUGGCCCUACUUGCAAUAUUACACAAAGAAAGUCUAAGACAGAUGCCCAAAGAGUUGUCCAGUUCAACGGGAGUGGAGUUGUAGCAGGGGACUUGUAUACUAUUCAGGCACAGACAGUCAGUGCUGACCAGCAUAGUGAAUCCAAGCAGAUAAAAAUCAGAACAAACCCCAAUGGGGUUGAACAGUUACACAGCAUACCAGGAGCUAAUAUGGUUGAGAUUUCUUGGCAGAAACCAGAAGGGACAGUCAGUGGCUAUAGAGUCUUGCUAUUCUUGGACAGCACUCUGGUUGAGAAUGCAACCUUACCAUCAGAUACCAAUACAGUAGUUGUGAACAACCUCACUUCAUACAAGCAGUACAUAUACAGAGUAUAUACAGUGAGCGGUAUUGAGAAAGAAAAAGAGAGCAAUCCAGUGGUUGGAACUUUUAACACUUCUGUGUCAGUGCCAAGUGCAGUACUUAAUUUUGAGGUUGUCCCUGGUUCACUCAAGCCUUAUGAAGUUGCUUUGAGAUGGGAUAUGCCUACAAAUCCCAAUGGCAUACUACAAGAGUACCUCAUCAGUUAUGUGGGAGUUAAGAAUACUGUCAUGACUGUCAUGCAGAAUGUGAGCAUAACCAACACAUCAGUUCGUACCACAACCAUCUCUCAACUGCAGGCAGGUUAUACAUAUACCUUUAAGAUCCGUGCAAAGACAAGUGAAGGCUAUGGACCAGAGGUGAAUAUACAUCUACUUAUGCCAGUUUUAGCUCCAGCAUUUGAUGAAACAGUGCCAGAAAUCCAGAGGACUCCCAGAAAACCAGAUCAAGAGGAACCACAGACUACAUCUUUGGUGGUAGAAUUCAGCAAUGUUUUCACAGAGCGAAAUGGAGAAAUCAUUGGUUACACUGUCAUUGUUGUUGAGACAUCCCCUAACAAUGAUUCUGUUAUUGUGGUUGGAGCAGAUCUCCCAACUUGGAAAGAAGCUCAAUACACCACCGAUGACAAAUGGCUACCUUAUGAAGCAUUUGGGCCCUGUGAAUUGUUUGAUGCAACGAGCAAUAAUUUAUGUUCAAACAUCAAAAGAACAAUAGUGAAACGUGCCACCACAUCUGAGUCAAGGGUUGUACAGGUUAAAAUAGGAACAGAUAACUGUAACAGUUUACCAGCUAAUACAUAUUGUAAUGGACCACUAAAACCAAACACACACUACAGGUUUAGUCUCCGAGCUAAGACAGAAAAUGGACUUUAUGCAGAUACUCCCUUUUCGAAAGUUAUCGCUACAAAUAAGAAACCAGACUCCCCCUCAGAUGUUGUGGCAGUAGUAGUAUCCAUCUUAGUAGUCAUUCUCCUGGUUGGCGUGCUGAUAGGGGUGCUGAUCUAUUUACGACGAAGAGGGAUAAUCUGCAAAGAGAAGGAUGAGGAUGAAAUGACUGGAAGUUCUAAAUUAUCAAUGUCUUCCCUGAGACAUAGCUUACGCAGAUUGUCCCAUCGUGGAAAGCGAUCUGCUGAUAAAGCUAGCCACUUGGUGAGACUUGAAGAAUUUCCUGACUUUGUGAAGAUGAUGUCUAAAGACAGUGACUUUGGAUAUUCUGAAGAAUAUGAGGACUUGAAAGAAGUUGGCAGAAACCAACCUUGGGAUGAAGCAGAAAUUCCACACAACCGUGGAAAAAAUAGGUUCACCAACAUUCUCCCUUAUGAUCAUUCAAGAGUGAAGCUUCUGCCAACAGAUGAUGAAGAUGGUUCAGAUUAUAUUAAUGCUAACUACAUGCCUGGCUUCUCCUCAAUGCGUGAGUACAUAGUGACCCAGGGCCCACUGCCCUCUACCGUGGAUGACUUCUGGAGAAUGGUGUGGGAGCAGAACUGCAGAGCCAUUGUUAUGUUGACAAAAUGUGUGGAGAAAGGAAGGGAGAAGUGUCACCAGUACUGGCCCAGUGACUCUGAGCCAGCCAUGUAUGGGGACUUGCAGGUGACAAUACUGAAUGAGACCAGAACACCAGAGUGGAACAUUUCUGAGUUUAAAAUAGCAAAGGGAGAACAGGCACGAAACAUUCGCCACUUCCACUACACUGCCUGGCCAGAUUUUGGUGUACCGACCAGACCACAGUCUCUCAUCAAAUUUGUUAGAACAGUGAGAGAAAAAUUGCCCAAAGAAGGAGGUCCUAUUGUAGUUCACUGCAGUGCUGGUGUUGGCAGGUCUGGCACCUUCAUUGUAUUAGAUCGCUUAAUGCAGCACAUCAAAGACCAUGACUCUGUAGAUAUAUAUGGUGUGGUGCACCAAAUGAGAGGAUUUAGAGUGUACAUGGUACAGACUGAGGCCCAGUAUAUCUGUAUUCACCAGUGCUUACUCUGUGUAUUAGAGGGCCGGGAAGAUGAAGACAUGAAUUACUCAGAAGGAAUGUCAAAUAUGGGCUUUGAAGGUACUAAAUUAAUACCACCAACUUCCCCCAUUGAGAGUGCUCCAUUAAUUCCAGAAAAAGGUCAAGAUUCUAACUCCAUUCACAAUAGUAGCUCUGGUGAGGAGGAGGAGGAGGUUGAGGACGAUGAUGAAGGAAUCACUGUUGAGGUGACAUAGAUGAGGUGCUGAAAAUACAUGGAGGAUUGGGACUUUUUAGGAUGAUUGUCAUCUAGCAUUUUAUUUAUUUACUCAAGCUGCAUGAAUGCAGCAUCCGGAUGUAAGGGAUAAUUUGACAGCUAUGUAUUCCUGUUCAGUGAGAUGUUAUUUAAACGCUAGCAAAUAGAAUUUUACUUUUGCUAGCUUGUAGAUAUAUGUAUUGAUAUUCAUCUUAUGCAACUCUAUUGAUUUUGAUAAUAGAGAUCAUUCCACAAACCCUACAGAUCAGAUGGAUCUCAUUGUUUCUGUAUGUAUCUGUAUGUGAUCUGAAGGCAAAAUGCAGUAACUGGGACCAACUGAAGUAAGCAUCAAACUAAAUGGACAAAAAGAUCUGAAGUUUGUGUCCGAGUAGAAAUAUCAAGAUUUUAAAGUUUGAUGCACAUAAAAGAAUCUUAGGCUUGAGAAGGUAAGAACCAUAAUAUAUUUCAACUUGGACAUUUUCGAGAUUGAUAAAAGAACAAAUGUUAUCUAAGUUUUUGGCAUGUACUUGAAUAAUUUAAAAAGGCAUAUAUAUAUUUUUUUAUAUAAGUAUUUUUCUAUUUAUGAAGAGAAAUUUCUUCUAUUAGUCAAAUUUUGAAGGAAAAAUAAUUUGGCUUUUGAAUCAUGUUCAUUAUUUAUAAAAUUUCUAUCAUACUACAGUAGUACUGCCUAUAUGUCUAUCCACUAGAAAAAUAUCUACACGAGAAAAAUAGCAUUGUUAAUCAGUUUUUAAUCCUGUUAUUGACCAUGUACUGUUGUGGAAUGCACACUUAAUUUGAAAGUCAACAUAUAGACCAUGAACUAUGGUAUACUAGUAAGUGAUGGGGUAAAGUUAAUUUUUUUUAUCUAUUAUUAUUAUAAUUAUUAUUAGUCAUGUUUGUAAAGUUUUCAUAUUUUUCAAUUUGGGGACCUAGUUAACAACGAAUGCAUGCAUUUUGAGAAAGGAAACCUUGUAACUGAUAGUUGUAAUGUUAAGACAAUUGUUUGAUGUAUCAUCAGGUCAUGUUAAGGUAACAUUAUAUUGUGUAUAUAUGAUUAUGGAUGGUGGAUAAUUCUUUAAUGGUACAAGCGUUACCUAUAGUAUAAUGAUAGAUGCAAACAUAUUGUUUUUGUUGUGUUUGAAAGGUCAAAGACAAGAUAUUUUUAUAUGGACAUGCUCUUGUCAAGAUUUCCAUUGUCUUAUUCAGGAAGUUGCAUAGUUAGUGAUAUAUUACCAGAAACAUUUUGCUCCAUAUUCGUUUUUUUUUUUUUUUCUUAUGAUUAAUUAUCUGUAUUCAAUUGUUAAUCAUUAUUAUUCAGACAAUUUGUUUUAUUGAAGUCCACAUCUUACUUAAAAGACUUCAAUUUUGUGCUUAGGGAGAGAAGUAAAAUAAUUUUGGAAAUGAUUGAAUUAUUUUGCUUAAGAAUUACACUUGGUCUAGAUUACAGACUCACUCCCUUAUUGUGCAGCUUCAGUUUCACUCAAAAAGACAACAGAUUUCAUGUCUACCAUGAAGCAAAAGGAAUCAUGAAAGUCCAGUGUAAUGCCCACCAGUAUUUUGUUUUAAAUCAGUGGAACUUAACCAUAUGGAGACAGUUAAAGGUGUUCAUACUUAACUACAUAUUGUCAACUAAGAAUGUGUGUAAGGACUGACCAUACAUUUUUAUUUCAGUAAGUUCUACUUAUUGAGCUAUAUUUUGUUUUUUCAAGCACAUUUGAUACUAUUAUUGAAAUUGUCAGAAGUACUUAUUCCAGAAAAAAAUCUCUGUACCUAAAGUGGAGUAUGUUUUAUAUUCUUUUGUAUAUUCACAAAUAUAUGUAUUAUGACUAUUGUUGGUAUUCUAGUUAAUUAUAUACAAUCAACAUUCCUAUUUCUUGGUAGGUAUGUUUUUUCUCCUUUGAUAUCAAUUUUACUACAGCACUUCAGUGUGAAAUGUUAAGUAUGCUUUCAAUUCAUUCACAUGGUGUGUGUGUGUGUGUGUGUGUGUGUGUGUUCGGUGUGUGUGUGUGAGAGAGAGGAAAAAAAGACACAGCUUUGCUCCCAUAUGUAAUUCAUAGAUUUUGGUCUUCGCAUUCUCACUAAACAAUUGACUGUGACAGAUUGAGCAUGCCUUCCUAGUCAGUAUUUGUAAUGGAUAUCAAAAUCAAGUGAGCCUUUGACCCGAAGCUAGAAGCAAGUUUUUUUUUCCUUACAAAAGUAU